GUUUGGAGGUCAGCUGUUGUGUUGACUGUUUCCAGUUCUUUACUCUGAAGGGCGAUUUCAGCAGAUCCCAGAUCAGCCUGCCAAACUGUUACACACACCGGAAGUAUCCCCGGUUUCAUGAGCGAUCCAGGCAGUUUUUGUUCAUUGUCAACAAAACAAUUUGGUACGCGGUGAACUGGCUGAGAGGACCGGCUGUGUUCACACUCAGCACUGACACUAGAGCUGUGUACUCUCGACUGAAGGAAACUGUGUAAACAGACGCAGGACGACACAGCGCUGACAAAAUGAACGUCACUUUAGCAGUAAAGCAGUAUGUCUCCAAAAUGAUAGAAGGCAGCGGUCCAGGAAUGAAGGUUUUGCUCAUGGACAAGGAGACGACCAGCAUUGUGAGUAUGGUCUACACACAGUCUGAGAUCCUGCAGAAAGAGGUGUACCUGUUUGAGAGGAUUGACUCUCAAAACCGAGACAACAUGAAACAUCUGAAGGCCAUCUGCUUCCUGCGACCAACCAAGGAAAACGUAGAGAAUCUGAUUCAAGAGCUGCGCCGUCCCAAGUACAGCGUCUAUUUCAUCUAUUUCAGUAACGUCAUAAGUAAGAGUGAAGUAAAGGCUUUGGCAGAGGCUGAUGAGCAAGAGGUCGUUGCAGAGGUGCAGGAGUUCUAUGGAGACUUCAUCGCUGUGAAUCCUCAUCUCUUUUCCCUGAACUUACAAGGAGUAGCCAGGGGUCGCAGUUGGGAGCCCACUGUUCUUCCACGUGUCACUCAAGGCUUGACCUCUGUGCUGUUGUCUUUGAAGAAGUGUCCCAUGAUCCGCUACCAGCUUUCUUCUGACAUGGCCAAGAGACUGGCAGAGAGUGUUAAACAAAUCAUCACCAAGGAGUAUGAGUUAUUUGACUUCAGAAAAACUGAAGUGCCUCCUCUUCUCCUGAUACUGGACAGAAGUGAUGAUGCUAUCACACCCCUCCUCAACCAGUGGACAUAUCAGGCUAUGGUUCAUGAGCUGCUGGGUCUCAACAACAACCGAAUAGACCUUUCUCGAGUUCCUGGUAUUAACAAAGACCUGAAGGAAGUGGUGCUGUCUGCAGAGAAUGAUGAGUUCUAUGCCAACAACUUAUAUCUGAACUUUGGUGAGAUUGGAACAAACAUUAAGAACUUAAUGGAGGACUUCCAGAAGAAGAGGCCGAAGGGCCAACAGAAACUGGAGUCUAUUUCUGACAUGAAGGCGUUUGUGGAUAACUACCCACAGUUUAAGAAAAUGUCGGGCACAGUGAGCAAGCAUGUAACCGUUGUGGGAGAACUGUCUCGUCUGGUCAGUGAGAGGCAGCUGAUGGAGGUGUCUGAGGUGGAGCAGGAGCUGGCCUGCCAGAAUGACCACUCCAAUGCCCAGCAGAAUGUACGGCGCCUGCUGCAGAACCCACGGGUGUCAGAGCUGGACGCGGUGCGGCUGGUGAUGCUGUACGCUCUGCGCUAUGAGAGACACAGCAGCAGCAUCCUCUCCAGCCUCAUGGAAGAGCUUAACAGGAGAGGGGUGUCUGAAAAAUACCGCAAGAUGGUACAGGCCAUGAUUGACUACGGAGGAAAACGGGUUAGGGGAAGUGAUCUUAUCACCCCUACAGAUGCUGUGGCCAUCACAAAACAGUUUUUCAAAGGGCUUAAGGGCGUCGAGAAUGUCUACACACAACACCAGCCCCUGCUGCAUGACACACUGGAUCAGCUGAUUAAAGGCCGUUUGAAGGACAGUCAGUUCCCCUACCUCGGGCCAAGCUCUCUGCGGGACAGGCCGCAGGACAUUAUUGUCUUCGUAAUUGGAGGAGCCACCUAUGAAGAAGCCUUCGCAGUUUACAACCUGAACCGCACCAUGCCAGGUGUGCGUAUCGUACUCGGAGGGACAACCAUUCACAACACCAAGAGCUUCAUGGAAGAGGUGGCAUUAGCAGCAGGUUUGGGGCAUGGAGGCGCCAGUCGUCCACCAACCAGACGCUGAGCGUUUGUCCUUAGCUUUCUUAUUAAUGCGUAGGUUAUAGUGCUGUGUGUCAUCUGAGCCCAAAAGCUGAGUUCACGCUUCCAUCCCUCCUACUGCACACAUUCCUCUCCAGUAACAUGAACAUGAAAUACUCUGCUAUCUUUGAAAGACUUGAUGUCAUCCAGGCAUCCAUCUCUGAGUAUGUUACAAAUUGUGUGAAACAAAGCAAGAAUGCUUUUUGAGUUAUGCAUAUGAUCAAAAGUAUAAAACUGUAAUAACUUCAGACAUUAUUAUGUUCCCAAUGAGUGAUCUCUACUUGGCAGCACUACACUAAUAAUAAUGAGACCUCCAAGACAAAAAAAAUCUUGAACAAUAAUCCUUACCCUGUUGUAUAUAAUGUUGUCACUUAUUUUGUUUCCAGUGAAUACUGCAGUCAGAAACAUCUGUAGUCAUGUAAUGUAAUCUGUUAUUUGGCAGCCUGCACUUAAUAGGAUGAAAACAGCUGGUCUCCAUGGUAGUGGUGGUUCCACUUUACAUUAGUGCAGUGGAUUCCAACUCAGUUCUACUUAUUAUCUGUCCCAUGUUCUCCAACUAAAUUAUGUCUUCAGAAAGUCUUAACUGUCUGAAUCAGGUAUUUCACGUCAGGUAAGGAACGGGGGGGCAGAAGUCCAGCACAGUCCACGACAGUAAAUCUACAGGAAGAGGUUUGGUGACCAUUGCAUUGUGUGUUCCUAAUGCCCAUAUGUGUGGUUACAGAGAUGCCUACUCUUCUUUUUAAUCAGUAUAUCAUACCAAUGAAUGUCUUUAAAAAGGCGACUGUAUGUAUUUGCUUUGGGUGUAAUUAUUUGGACUGUAAAGUUGUCUCUGGUUAAUGUAGUGCCUAUUAGCAGUUACUAACUGUGUACUAGUCAUCUUACAACAUCAUACUAUGUUUAAAUUUUUUUUGUUAAACUUUCUCACCAAAUACAAUUAGUGCUUAUACUACCAGAACGAAUUGGUUUGAUUUGUAUAUGACAUACAUUUCUCUUUCUACAAAUCUUUUACAUAUUUUUGCUAGCUGGUUAAUGCAGAAGGAAGCUAACAUUACAGCUAGGAAUAUCACAACUGUAUUCAUUAGCUUAUACAUCAGUGGUGCAUCAUACAUGGUGAUGGUUGGUAGGAGCAUCCAGAAAAUAAACAUCCAGAAUGGACACAUGGACAUUUACACUUCUACAAUAAGGUCUUGAAUACAGACCAUUUCUGUAGGCUGAAUCACAUAUAAAGUUUGUGUGAGUGUAUGUGCCCUCCUGAAUGUCCUUAUGUUUCAUUUUUGUACAGUGUGAUAUACUUUAAGAUGUUCUGAAGAGAUGAUUAAUAUUUUAUGACAAAGCCUAAUAAACAAAAUGAGUACUGGU